CUCAUUUGUAUAUAGACACAUGAUCUUUGCAGAGCAUCUUGGUAGAAACCAACCCUCUACCGAUAGCGAAUUAAUCAAGUAAGGUGGUAAUCAUCUAAGAGAGCAAGUUAGCAAACCUUGACUUGGACGAUAGCGAGGAAAUGGAAUCUCAAGAACAGGGCUCUAUUAAUACAUCUCUAAAAGGCAAAACGGUUGUGUUCGCGGGGACGCUCGCAAAUGAACAGGUAGUCGAAGCUGAAAAGACCAGUGGCUGUAAGGUCUUGACAUCUAUUAGCAAGGGGGUUGACUUUGUUGUAGUAGGAGAGAAUGCAGGCCAGCAGGCAGACGAAGCAAAAUCGAUGGGUAUACGAUGUCUUACAGAGACUGAAUGGAGCGAUGUGAUAAAUGAUAGCGCUGACUCAGGACCAUCACAGUCCAUUGAAGUAAAAAAUGAUGGUAGGAAACGAAUUUGUAAAGCUAGUACAAAAGCUACGGACAAAGACCAAGUAUGUUUAUUUAGUGAUAUCCCAGAUGUUGCUCUCAUACACGUGUUCCAGUACCUCCCCAUGUGUGACCUGAUAAACAUUCUCACUGUCUGCGAAAGAUGGAAUGAACUUAUUGAAGAAAGUGAUUACCUUUGGCGCAAGUUUAUUCCAAAUAACGUCGACCCGCCUGCCAAUUGUGCCAAGGGGUUUCUUAAAUCUUUAUGGACGAGGAGCAUAAAAAUUGGCAAAGAGAGAUGGUUACCAGAUGUAUCGAGAGCUUUCAGAGCCCGAAUGAGAGAAAUGGAUAGAUGUAGUCAGUGGGGUUUUGGAGGCAAGGACCCAAUGCGAGCAGGUGCAACAUUGUACCAGAGACUCAACCCUACAUAUGACUUUGUUGAGAAAGGGGGAGACCCGGAUAAUACAGAACUACUAAGUGUUAUGAAAGAAGUAUGGGAGAAGUUUAAUAAGGGACAGCCAUAUUUCAGGUCUGACAUAGAUUCAUAUUCCGAUCUAGAAGACAGUUAUGAGAUAGAAAGUGAGAAAGAUGUGAUGAAAAAGUCUCGCUCGGUCUCUUACAGUGGCACAUUGGAAUUUGUUCAGGGUAUCGUGGAGCCAUCCUAUGCUACAGAGAGAUAUGCGAUAGAUCAGAGAGAUCUUGAUGGGUUUUCACACCUUUCUGAGAUAACAGCUGAUUCUCCACCACCCUAUAAUAUCGAAGUCAGUGACGAUGAAGAUGCAUCGGAAGACAUUCAGAUGUUACAGAAGCACUACAAGCCGCCAGAGUUGUCCAUUUACAAAGAGACCAUGGGGAUUAUAUUUGGAGAAGACGACACAAAGGAGGCCAGGAAAUUUUCCCUCAACGAUGGCUGCUUCAAUGAGAAUUAUGAGUAUUCGUAUACAAUCCUCAUUGGACCUUAUGCAGUCUUGUAUGAAUCAAGAUUUUACGAUUUAUAGACUAACAAAGUAAAGCUAGAUCCAUUAUCUUGGACCACGAAAAAUAUGUUUUGCAACGUCACAAGUGAUUGGCAUGAUGAUCACACUUUGUCCCUCCGAGUUUUGAUACUGUAUCAAUUAUCUUAAAAGUUGACCCACUUCCACCUAUAAAAGGGUAUAUAGUUUUCAAUGUAUACAGUGCAGAGAUAAUAGAUCAGAGAGAAUGUUUUAACAUAUCGUAAUUUUACUGGGCUUGGUUGCCCAUUUUGUUGUUGUCAUUCUCUACAACAUACUACUAAGCUCCACGCCCAAGUAUUUUUUAUUUUGGCAACAUAUGAAUUCGUUACUUAUUAUAGACCGCA